ACACGGUAACUUGAUAUAGCGUUUCAAUGUCAACACUACUUGAACGUCGCCGCAUAUGUUAAGUCCAAAGUUUAGAUGUUCGUACGAAAACAAGCUGCAUAAAAAAAUUUCGUCUUGGAAUAGGCAAGAUCGGUGUCCAUCUGUAACCACGUCUUGCCGAGGGAGGGAAGGUACCAGACAGAUCAGCCUCUUGUCCUCCGGGGAGUUCCCUGUGGUACAUUUGCAUAUCUGUUGAUGUGGACGAAAUGUACACAACGCUUCCACACUUGUCAUGCCAUCAGCCCCAGGACAACAUGACAACGGUCACUGAUUCCUGAGCAUCUGCGACACCAACAGGAUCACAUGCAUCGAGUCUGUUGGAUCAUCUGAUCAAGAAGUGACCCUCAAGCGUCACAAGAGGUUGGGAUUUUGCUGAAAUGUCGCUGCGGGUGUGGUGACUUAGGGGAAGAUGUCAGGCCAACGAAAGAGACCGCCAUUAUUGGGAUCCAUCCCGAGGAGCCUGAGCUCACAGAUCGGCAGCAGGAGAGAUGAGCAGGAAGAAGUACAAAAGAGGACCUUCACUAAUUGGAUCAAUUCACAUCUGAUGAAGCAUGAUCCACCCCUGAAGGUGCAGAGUAUCUGUGAUGAGUUCAAGGAUGGAAUCAAACUGUUGGCCCUGCUGGAGGUGCUGUCAGGGGAGAAGCUGCCCUGUGAAAAAGGCAGACACCUCAAACGGCUCCAUCACCUAACUAACAUUCAGACUGCACUGCAGUACCUGGAAGCCAGAAAUAUUAAACUAGUCAAUAUCAACCCAUCAGAUGUUGCAGAUGGAAAGCCAACUAUAGUAUUAGGACUUGUGUGGACCAUCAUUCUACGAUUUCAGAUUGAGGACCUCACAGCAUUGCUGGCCUCUCCUCUCGGCAGCAGUGCCAGUAGUUUGGACAGUGGAAGUGUGACUGGUGCUCCGUCUUACACAAGGCCUGGCAGCCUCACAGGUGAACCACCAGUUAAGAAGAAGGUAGUCAGCCUCAAAGGUGUGGCCGGUGCCAAAAAGGCCCUUCUUAAGUGGGCAAAGAAGGCUGCAGCCAGGCGAGUGAGCACUGCAGGUGUGGAGGUACAGGACUUUGGGAAGAGUUGGAGAGAUGGUAUAGCAUUCAAUGCUCUCAUCCACUCGGUCAAGCCAGAACUGGUUGACAUGGCAGACAUAAAACAGAAAUCUAACUUGGAAAGGUUGGAGCAUGCCUUCACUACGGCAGAAGAAAAACUAGGAAUUCCAAGAAUUUUAGAACCCCAGGAUGUGGAUGUGAGCAAGCCUGAUGAGAAGUCCAUCAUGACAUACGUGGCACAGUUCCUGCAGGCCUACCCUGAUACAGGGGAGGACACACCGCAGGAGCCGUCCCAGGUGGAGCUGCACAUCAGGGAGGAGAAUGAGGAGUACCAGGCUCUGAUGACCUGGAUCUCUCGAGCAGAGAUCAGACUCAAGGACUUCAGCGCCAGCAUCCCUGGUAUCGGUAGAGGGGAUGAGUUUCAGGCUGCUGGAGGGAGACUUAAACAGGAGGAAGUGGAGCAUUUUCAGGCUUUCAAACAGGAUCUGGCAAACAAAGAAAAAACAUACAUUUGGAUUCAGCAACAGUAUGAAGCCAGACUUCUCUUAAUGUUGACAGAGGACAAUAUUACAGAAAUGAUUACCAGGUGGGAAGCAAUAGUGGAGCAGACCCGUCGGUGGCAGUGGAAGAUGGACAGCCGGCUCCCCCAGCCCCUGGGUCACAUCGCCACCUGGCUUCACAAGGGGGAGGACAUGGUCAACAGGACAGCAGCAACCAAGGAUGGGCAUGAGGAGACAGCCAAUGAAAUCCUUCAGAUGAUUCAAGAACAUAAGGCAUACUUCAAGGAUCUAGACAAGUACACCCAAGCAUUCCAAGAUGUCAAAGCAGUAGGGAGGGUGAAAGGGGAGACAAUUCCACAGGAGCAAGUCAAAGACCUGGAUGGCAGGUUCAUUAAACUGGCAUCUGACUCACAACAUAGGUUCAUCCAGCUCCAGUACUUGGAGUACAAGUACCGGCUGCUGGCAUUCCUGGUGAUGGGAGAGACCAAACUCAAGUCUUGGACCAUCAAGUAUGGCAAACAGGAACACGUGGAACAGCUACUCAAGAACUACAUGGAGUUCAUUCACAAGAAGAAGUUCUUUGAGACAUAUGACUCAACCUCAGCCUAUCUACAGAGAGUGGCAGAAGCCUACCUUGCAGAUGAAAUUCCAGCUGAGGAAAAGGAGAGGGUUCGUAAGUUCCUGAGUGACAAGGCUGCCCAGUGGAAGAACUUGUCGGUGGAGAUCAGGAGUGUAAAGACCAUGCUGGAGGAGGUGAUUGACAAGUGGAAGAAGUACAAUGAGUGUGUUCAGCUCCUACAGGACUGGCUGGAGAAGUCUGAAGGCAUGGCCAGCAAGCCUGAUGAUGUCAAGAAGGAGUACUUCCAGGACUUGUUCCAGUGGCAGGACAGACAAUCUCUGCUGAAUGAAACAGGGAACUUUCUAAUUGAGAUCACCAAUGAGUCUGUCUCCCUGGAUAUUCAACAACAGCUACUGCUCAUCAAUGGCAGGUGGAAGGACUUGUUUGACUCCGUCAAAGACCAGGUAAAGGAAGGCGAAGUGAGCAAAAUGAACCGGGAAUAUCAGACGGGAACCAAGCGGCUGACAGACUGGCUGACCAAGGCGGAGAAAGUGCUGAAGAAGCCAGUCCAGGUGACUUAUGUCUCCAUCAAGGAGUAUGUGCAGGACCUAGAGGACAUAAAUGCUGAGAUCCCAGCCCAGGAGAGUGCCAUCAAAGCUCUGUCUAAACUGGGACAGAUUCUGGUGAAGGAGACACCCCCUGACCAGGUCAAGACCAUGUUUGAGGCCCUAAAGGACAUCAAGGACAGAUUUCUCAAGGUGCGAGAGACUGUUCCUGUUGGAAUGAGGUUGUGCACAGAGAUGCAGGAGCCGUUGGAGGCCCUAGAACAUGGAUGCCUGGAGAUCACCCGCUGGCUGGACCAGGCUGAGAAGCUUCUCCUGUCACACAAAGUGGAGGCUAGCUUGGAGCAGCUGGAGGAGAGAAUCAAAUCUCAUCAGCAAUUUUUCAUCAGUCACAAGCAGAUCCGCUCCAAACUUGAGGCCAGAAACAAAGAGCUGAGCAAGGUGCUGAGUCUGUGUUCCGACAACAUGGACAAGUCCAUUGUGGAGAUACGGAUGACGGACAUCAUUACCAGGUUCCAGAACUGCAUGGACAUUGCAUCUGAGUGGGAGAAGAAGCUGAACAGUGUCCUGCUGACAUGGAGGGAUUUCGGCAGGAGGCAGGCAGAUGUGGACAAGAAGCUGAAGGAGGCAGCAGCUAUCCUAGCACAGGAGGGAACCCAGAUAGAUAAACUCAUCACGGGUCAUCUGGAUUUCUUCAAUGCGAUGGAUGAGACCAUCCCAAGAGAGUAUCUGACUGUGGCUGAGAAGCACCUGCAGGAGAUGCCAGAGCCAACUCGCACCCAGCAGCAGAGGAAGAUACAGGACACUCAGGACCGCUGGAAGGAUAUAACAAGAAAGGCGCCCAUCCGCCUUGCCAAGCUGCAGUUCCAGAAGCCAGAGACCAUGUUGAAGAAAAAGCUGACAGAGACAGAGGCAGAGCUGGCGGAAGAGAUCAAGCUGCUCAAUGCAAAACACAGCCCUGAGAAACUGUUGGAUAGACAUAAGAAUUACUUUCACAAGGAGGGCGGAUUCUUCAGCAUCUGUGAAGAGUGCAAAUAUCUAAUGGAAAAUGCCACAAAGAAGAUGAAGGCCAUAAAGAAGGAUGACACCUCCCUUGAGGAUGCCUACACAGAGUAUAAGAUGAGAUAUGGAGAACUUCGAGCUGAGGUGGAGGUCAUCUACAAAAAGAUUCUGGAAAGACUUCAGCAAUGGAGCCAGUACAGGGAAAGAUUGAAAACAUUCAGUCAGUGGCUGGAAAGUGAAGAGAAGUCCCUGAGAGAUUUGUCCAGCACAGUCCCCAGCAAGGAGGAGUUUGAAAUGUAUAAGGCAAAACUGGAGACCCUGAUGAAGUACAAAGAGGCCCAUGCUGGUGAUGUCCAGUGGCUGACAACAACCCUGAAGACCCUGACAGGAGGCAGCCAGGACCCUGAAGCUGUCGGUCAGCAGAAGGAGCUACAGGACCUCGUACAGCGGUACAACAAGCUGGACGGGUCCAUCCAGGGUGCAGGGGAGAGGGUCCAGGAGGCUGAACAGGCCAUGCAACAGGAGGAGCAACUCUUCACCAAUGAUGGAUUAUCCAACAACAUUGAAGCUUAUGAAAGAACAAGCCAAGAUGCCUGUGCAGCAGAGGAGACACUGAAUCCUGAGAAGGAACUUAGUACACCUCCGUCCUCCCUUCCCACUUGUGCCUCACCAACAAUGGAUGAAAUCUCUGAGAGUGACUCAGAGAGCCAAACACCUCCGUCCCCACCUCCGUCCCCACCUCCGUCCACACCUCCGUCCACACCUCCACAACAGACCAGUCCAGGUUCACUGUGCAAGAUCACUUGGGAGGCAAAGGAUCCAAAAAAAUCACAAGCAUCCAAGUUCAGCCAUGAUGUGGGGCUGAUGGGUAUGUCUGGUCCUGGUGUACCCGGUGGAGAGUCAACUGAAACUUCACCACCUCCGGCCCCCUUAGGACCUCGACAAGUGAAAGUUUCUAUCACUGGAGGAAAGCUGAGAAGGUUGCCAGACGGAAGGCUUGUCUUUGAUAUCCCAGCAAUACCUCCCCAAGUACAACACAUGAUGAAGUGUCAACAGGAAAACCGCCUGCUGGAGGAGUUCAAACAGAAGAAGACAGCGGCGCUCCGUGAGAUGGACAACAUCAGGGAGGAUAUAGAGGAGGCUUCCCAGAUGGGGGGACUACAAACUGUAGGAGAAAACGUGCAAUCACUCCAGUCCUUGAAACCUCAGCAGAAGAAGCUGACAUCCCAGCUGGCCAGUCUGGAGUCCAUGUUGUCUCAGAUGUCGGCCAUGCCUGGAGUAGGGGACAAGGCUGCCUGGGACAAGGAAGCAGCAGACCUGAAGCAGAGAUGCGCCACCCUCCAACAGGACCUGCAGGACAACCUCACAGCCAUGGAGAACUUACAGGUGAGGUGGGAGGACUUCUAUGCCAAGUUAGACCGGUUUAACAGCUGGAUUCAGACAUCAGGUGCCAAACUGGCCAAGGUAGAACAAGCCACAGACAGCCCGGAGGUGCUGUUUGAUAAGGCCAAGGGCAUCUGCAGUGAGAUUUUUGACAAGUAUGAAGACCUGGAAGCCCUUGAGAAAGAAGGUCAGAGCUUAAUUCCAGAUGCAACUGAUGCAGAAACACUGGCUGUCAAGACCAAGCUUCAGGAAGCUGGCAAGCAGUGGGAGAUGCUGUGCACCAGGGCCAAGGCUCUCAACACUAAGGUAAAGGAGAAUGUAGGUCACUGGCAGGCCUAUCAGGGCUACCUGCAGCAGCUGCUGCCAUGGCUGGAACAAGCCGAGCGCACGCUCAGACAGCAGCUGCCCAAGUCUGCCUCCAGUGCACAAGCAGAGGAACAUGUCAGGCAGCAGCAGGUGUUCUUCAGAGACCUUGAGGAGCACAGGUCCAUCCUGGAUGCAGCCGUGGCUGAGUCUGAGCAGAUCAUCAGUAAGCCUCACCUGGGGGAGGAGGUGGAGGACGUCCAGAACAGGUUCACACAGGUGGAAGACUUGACCAAUGAGAGAACCACCGAGAUGUCUUCCUCCCGUGAGAAGUGGAAGGAGUAUGAGACUGAUGUCAGCUCCUUCCUGAAGUGGCUGGAGAAGUGUGAGAGCCUGUUGAAGGGUCACGUGGACCCAGCAGACACACAGAAACACCAGGCUUACAUACAGACCAUGAAGACCCUGCAAGAUGAAGUGGGUGCCAUGAAACUCCAGGAUAGUGUGGCAAAUGUGAAACCUUCAUUUAUGGACCUUCUGGAAGCUAACAGCAGUCUGAGGGAAAUCGCCAGUCCACAAGGGGCCAAAGCCCUGCAGACACAGAGAGUGGACCUGGAGAAACGCUUCCAUGCGCUGGAGACGAAUAUCGAGCAGAAGAUUAGGCAGGCUGAAGGGCUGGGGGAGAGAUGGACCCAUCUGUACUCCCGGUUGGACGAGUUUACAGCACUGUUACAUGGCACUGAUAGCAAGCUUACAUCAGCAUCCGAACCACAGGGAGCACCUGAGGAUGAGCUCAAGAGGGCAAAGGCUGUCAGUGCUGCAGUGCAAGAGAUGUCCAAACCUUUAGCUGCUUUGGAGAAAGAAGGUCAAACUCUCCUGAAGGACUCAGACUCCUCCCAUAACUCCACUGUCAAACUGAAGCUAACAAGUGCCAGGAAACAGUGGGAUGAUCUGUGCAGUAAGGUGAAGACAAAGGAGGAGGAGUUGUCAGCAAACCUGGGCCACUGGCAGCAGUAUCGCAAGGCCCUGGAUGAGUUUAUGGCCUGGCUGAAGGAAACAGAAGGCUUGAUGUUGGAGGACCUGGCAAAGUGUAGCUGCUCUGCUGAUGUGCAGGAGUUUGUUGAACAACAUGAGAGAACCACAAGGGACAUUGAAAGCCACAGAAGAUCCCUGACCACAGUGAACCAGUACUCGUCCCGGGUGCAGGGCCAGCCACAGCUGCAAGAGGAGGUGGAGAUGCUGUCCCAGCACUUCGACAGGGUGGUUCGGAUGAGUAAGGAACGGACCAUCCAGUUGGAUGACAUGCAGACUCAGUGGACACAGUAUGAGAGUGAGCUGAAGAGCUUUGAAGAACAGCUGGAUGAGUGGGAGACCACUCUCAGCACAGAGGUCAAUACUGCAGACAUCCAGGGCUUACAAGCAGAGUUGGAUGCUACUACAUCUGUGGUAGAAGAGCUGACUUGGUAUCUUCCAACGUAUGACAAGCUGCUGGGGACCAAUCAGAUGCUGAGAAAGUAUGCAAACACUGAAGGAGCUGCAGCCCUGGAACAACAAAGCUCCAGUAUGCAGGAGAGAUGGGAGAAGCUGGCCAAUGCCAUGUCAGAUCGGCAGACUCACAUCUCGGCCCUGCUGGACAGCCAGAAGCAGCUGGAGCAGGACAUGGGCAGCUUCUCCAGCUGGGUCACAGCCUUCCAGGACGAGCUGGACCAGGCAGGGCACAUCACUGGGGACCAGCUGGGUGCUGCUCAAACAAAAGUCAAGGAACAAAGAGCUGAGCUGGAAGACCAAAAGGAGCUUUAUGAGCGCAUCUCAACCAAGGUUCAAAAGGAGGUUGCGGAACAUCCCAGAGAGAACAAGUUUCUGUCAGACAGACAGUCAGAACUUAGUACACUUUUUGAGUCAGCGGAAGAUGUUAUAGCCAAGAGAGAGGAGACUCUCCCAGCAUUGUCACAUUACAUGGACCGAGCUGCAAUGCUUUCUGCAAGGCUGAAGGAGGUGGAUGCUAUGUCUGCUUCUCAACAGAACCUGACUCCAAAGGAGCUUGAAAAAGUGCAACAUGACAUUGAGGACAUUAAACCACUCCUCGAUGAAUACAAGGUGCAAUCAAACAGACUAGAGUCCUCCCUGCAACAGGCAAAACUAACAGUGACAGAUCCAAAGAGCGGGAAGAAACUAGCAAUAAGGGAAGAAGUGGAACUGUUAUUAUCCUCUCAUGAGAAAUGUAAAUCUGUGGUACAGAAGAAGCAAGAACAGCUGGACCAGGCAGACACCUGCUGGAAGGCCUUCCUGGAGAAGGAGGGGAGGCUGAUGCAGCAGCUGGCAGCUGUGGAGGGGAAGUUAGAGGUGCAUGGUGCAAUGGAACCAACCAACAAAAACAUCAAGGCACAGCUAAAGGGCUGUGAGAAACUUCAAGAGGAGCUGAAAAGUUGCAAUCAAGACUUGACCUCACUGAAGAGCAGAGGUAGUGAGGUGACAUCACUGAACCCCAGGAAGGAUCCGCUUGUACAGGAACACAUACAGAAGAUGUCUGGCAAAACUCAACAUGUCCAGGAGUUGCUGAGCCAGAGGCAGGCAUCCUGCCACAGCCUGUUAGAACUGUUUGCUCAGUACCAGAAGUGCAAGUCAUCAGUGGAUGAGAUGGUGCAGGGGAUCAGUCGCACAACCUCAGGGGGAGCAGGUCUGCUCAGAGAGGAGGAUGUCAGGAGACAACUUCGAAAACUGGAGGAAGCUGAAUCCACCCUGACAAAGCAACAGCCCCUUCUGGAUGACCUGACCACAAAUGGCAAUCUUCUGAUGCGACAACUGAGGGCCACAGAACACUACAAACCUGAGGGUGUGAAGACCAACUUAGAUGCAUCCAUCGAAAGUUGGCUGGACUUAAGCCAAAAUGUCCAGCAGCAGAAGGAGUCCCUGACCACCCAGCUGAAGCUGUGGGAAGAGAUCAAUGCCAGCACGCAGGAGUUUGACCAGUGGUUGGCAGGACCUGUGUCUGAGCUAAGGGCUGAGGUCACCAACUUCAAGGACAGUGGGAGAGUGAAAUCCAAACUGGAGCUGUUCCAGGAUGACCUUAACAACCAUGAGAAACAGUUUGAAACUUUGAAGAAAAAGGUAUCUUCCCUGGAGAGCAUUUGUGGCAGAGAAUCAUCAGAUGUACACAACACACUGGACCACAUCUCAUCAGAGCUAAGUAAGGCUGGGAAACUGGCUUCUGAUGGACAGGCAGUGCUUCAGGACUUCAGUGGACAGCAGGAGGCACUACAGACACGGGUGGAUGAUUUGCUAGCCUGGCUGCAGACAGUGGAAGUUAAACUGUCUAAAUGUGAUGAUGACUCUGGUAGUGAUGCCCACCUCUCAAGCCUCAUCAAACAGUGCAAGGACAUAUCAGCAGAGCUGCAGUCUCGACAAUCUGAUGUUGAGGCCACCAGUGAGAAGCUGAAUGUCAUCUGCAGAAAGUACCAAUCCUCUGAUCUGGAGCCGUUAACACAAGGUGUGUCCAGUGUCAGGACUAAGUACGACUCUGCCUGCUCAUCAGCUGAGAAGGUACAGGGGCAUCUGGAGCACAGCCUGGAUCAGAGGUUUAAUACAACUGUGGAGGAGCUGCACACAUGGCUAAAACCAUACCAGGAUACUGUGGCUGCCUGUACAGAGCCAACAGGGGAACAGGCAGACAUUGAAAACAAACUGCACCAGAUACAGGACAUGUUGUCUAAGGUCAGUGCAGGGGAAACCAAAAUAGCUGCAGCUGAACAACAAGGAAAGUGUCUUUCUGAUGUCCUUCCAUCAGCAACCACAGAUAGCAUCUCUCACCAGCUCACCUCUGUCAGACAGGAAUGGGAAACACUCAUCAGCACUGCAAAACGGUCCAAGGCAUCCCUGGAGGAAGCCGUGGUCCAACAUAAGGACUUUGAAGAGAAACAGCAGAAGUUUGACACAUGGCUAGAGGAAGUUGAAGCUACCGUAAGGACAGAGUUUUCCCUAAAGGCUGAUCUGGCUUUGAAGAAGUCACAACUGCAAAGAUUCCAGCAUAUUCAGCAGAAUGUUGCUGACCAUGCUGCUGCUCUGAGUGGCCUGAAGGAACAGGCACUAGAUUUGGGCAACAAAGACAGCCAUGAAAACAACCUAGCAAGGAAAGUCAGCCUGCUGUCAGGAAGAUAUCAGAGCCUCACUAAAACCGCCAAGGACAUCCUAGGCCAGUGUGGCCAACAGGUGACCCAACAUGAGGAGUACCAUCAGGGCUUACAGGAGGCUCAGGACUGGCUGGAAGAUUCAAAGGGUCAGCUCAAAUCACUGUCCAGCACAUCUGGCUCCAGGGAGCAGAUAGAGAAGAGACUGGCAGAUGUGCAGCUGCUGCUGGCAUCUAAACAGCAGGGUGAGCUGAAGUUGAAUGUAGCUGUAGGGCUUGGGGAGAAAACCAUGGAGAACACAGCACCAGAGGGCAGGAGCAUCAUACAGCAGCAACUGGACUCUCUACAGAAGGACUGGCAGGCAUUUGGCAGUUCUGUUUCUGAGACUAAGGCUAGUCUAGAAAACAGCCUCCUACAGUGGGGCAGUUACCAGGAAAGCCUGGAUGAGCUAACAAAAUGGCUACAACAGACAGAGUCCACCCUAGAUAAAGACCUACCUCUGGUUGCUGACCUUAAGGAGAAGAGAGCUCAACUUAACAAACAGCAGGCCAUUCAUCAGGACAUUGUGACCCACCAGUCUCUGCUGGAGAAGGUGGUGGAGAAGGCUGGCCAGGUCACAUCCGACAGUGAUGUCAGUGACAUCAGGGAACACUAUGCGCAACUGCUCACUAAGGCACAGGAUCGUAUCAGCCACAUGGAAAGUGUAGUGUCAGACCACCAGCAGUACCAGGAAGCCCUGCAGUCCUUCCAAACAUGGUUCAGCCCAGCACAGGAGGAGCUACGUGGGUGUGCUGAGGCAUGCACAGAGAGAGCAGCCACUCAGACCAAGUUGGAGAAACUACAGGAGUUGCAGUCCUAUGUGACCACUGGUAAGUCCAUGGUGGAGCACCUGUCAUCCCUGGGUGACCAGACACUGCUCAACACCUCCCAGCCAGGAGCCAAGCACAUCCAACAGGAGAUCACAACAGCACACAGGGAGGUAGAUGAGUUCUCUGGAGACAUCAGAAAACUCACUACUGACCUGGAGGUCUUGCUGGGAGAAUGGAAAAGAUAUGAGGAAAUGGAAACAGAGCUAACAACAUGGCUGGCAAACAUGGAGUCGAUCCUGAAGGCUGAGCUUCCACUUGUGUCAACUGUACAGGAGAAGAAAGAACAGCUUGCCAAGUACAAGUCUCACCAUGAUGAGGUGAUGAAGAGGAAGGCUGCUCUAGAGGCACUGAGUAAGCAGGCUACAGUGGUGAUGGGACACCAGGCAGCAAAUGUCAGCUUGGGGUCACAGGUCACCAGCAUCACUUCACACUUCCAGUCUGUGGCCAUCAUCAGCAAGGAUCUGGUGAAAAAGCUGGACCAGACAGUGACAGAUCAUGAACAGCUUGAUGUCUCUGUUAAGUCCACCACACACUGGAUCAGCCAGCUGAGUCAGGAGAUACAACGCUGUAAAUCAAACACCACGCAACCGCUGGAGACCAGGAUCAAAACUCUCAAGGAUCUGGGGACCACAGUCCAAGAUGGGAAGUCCAAACUGAAGGCAGCCUCGGACAAGACAGAGAAAGUCCUGACCACUACAGCAGCCCAUGGGCGCACGAUCAUCACCAAGGAAGUGGAGAGGCUGAAGAAAGAGUACAAGCAACUUGAUACCUCCCUUCAGGAACUACAGACUUCAGUUGACUCAGAUGUCCAUCAGCAGCAGGAGCAUGUCGAGGCUGUGGAGACCUUCUCCACCUGGCUGAAGGACUUGGAGUCCAAACUGUCAGCUGAUGUGGAGGUGGGGGCAGGCCUGGGGGAGAAGAAAUCACAGCUAGAGAAGUACCAGGCCCUCCACUCAGAGGUCCUGCAGAAGAAGUUGACCCUGGAUGACCUGAAGCAGCAGGCAGCACAGCUGAGGGAGCGAGGAGGACAGGAGUCAGCCAGCCUGGGCCAGCUGGAGAGGAGGUUCACCAUCAUCAUCACCAGGCUGGAGGAGAUCAUCACCAUGUUUGUUAAAGUCACCACCACACACACUGAGUAUCAGGGCAAGGUACAAGAGGCAGAGAAGUGGCUGAUGCUGAUGUCUAACAAGGUGAUGUCUGAAGGCAGCAGCCAGUCGGCCAACCUGGAGAGUGCACAGCAGGAGCAGGAGCAGCACAAGGCUGUAAUGCAGGAGGUAGAGGCUUUCCAGUCUAACAUAGACAGCAUCAGAGACACCGGCAAACAGCUUACCUCACCUAAGAUCCCCAUGGCUGAUGUAGCCAGGGCCAAACUCAAGAAAAAGGUGUCCUCCCAGGUGGACACCCUCCAGUCCAGCUAUGGUUCUGUGAAGGCUACAGGCCAACAGGUGCAGCAACAGCUACAGGCUGCUGUUCUGAAACAGGAGCAGCUGCAGGAGUCUUUUCAGGCUGCUGAUGAGUGGCUGAAGGAAGCUACAACCACUGUUCAAGGGGAGGAGCCAGGCCAUGCCUCUAGUCUGGAAGAGGCUCAGAAGAUACUUCGGGAACAAAAGGUCAUGCUUGAGAAGACAAAGGCAACAGAAUCCUCCAUAUCUGCCAUGUCAGAUGACACUGGUGAUUACACAGAUGGCAGCACCCCUCUACAGACCAGGCUGGAAGAAGUAACAGAACAGCUGCAGCACAGAGUUACAGUAGCUUCAGACCUAGUGACUGAGUGGGAGGGUCUGGAGAAGACCAAGGGCAAGCUGCAGUCCUUCCUACAGGAGGCAGAGAAAAACCUGUCCCAGCUGAAGGGGAAACCAGCUGAACUCAGCAUCAAUAGAGCAAAAUCACAGUCAAGUCAAAUACAGGAGCUGGCAGAAGAGGUGAAGUCAAAGGAGACCUUUUUGAAAGCUCUUGAACAAAAAUUCAUCAGUCUCUCAGGAGACAGUCCUGAGGCAAAAGACCCAGUGAUUUCAGAACUACGAGAACAAUUGGAGCAACUGUGUACCAACACAGCUGCCCUCCAGGCUCAGAGAGAAGGGGAGCUGAAGGCAGCAGAGGAGUACCAGGAUGCUCGUGAACAGCUGAGCUCCCAGCUGGAGCAGUACCAGGUCAUCCUGGGUCAGCUGGACCAGGACAGGGACAGCACCACACCUGUCAGGCUGGACAAGGCCAAGCAUCUGGUGGCAGACCUAGAGCACCAUAAAGUUACCAUUGAGGAGCUGAGAACCCAGGGGAAGGGCAUGCAGGCAGCACUCACAGUCAGUGAUCAAAAACUACUGCAAGACCACGUCAGCAUUCUGGAAGAGCACCUUGGCCGGCUGCUGAAGGUUGCCCAAUCCCAGCAGUCCCAGCUACAGACAGCCUUGGAACACUUCAGCGGUGCCCAGUUCCAGACUGCAGGCACCCAGACAUGGCUGCAGACCAUGCAGGGGAGGGUCACAGCACCAGUCAUGCUCAAACUGGAUGUACAGGAAGCUCAAAAACAGCUGGAGCAGUACUCUGACCUAUGUAGGGAGAUAGAGGAAAGAAAGGACAGCCUGACCUCCAUGCAGACCUUUGUGGAAGAAUUACUGCCCAAUCUGGGCAAGACAGAGAGACAAGAUCUAGAGGGCAAACUGCAGAGUAUCCAGCAGCAGUACACUCAGUUGGAGAAGGAUGCCAAGGGGCGGCGACAGGCUCUGGGAAGAGGUGUUUCCGAGCGGCGGGACCUCCUGUCCGAGCUGGAGCAGUGCCAGACAUGGCUGGAACAGACGGGCAGGAAGGUGCAGACCCUGGUGGAGGAGCCCGUCGCCUUACAGCCCCACGGUGUGCAGAAGCAGAUCAACUCCUGCAAGGCCUUACAGAACAUAGUCUCCUCGUAUCAGCCCAACAUAGCAGAGGUCAACAGCAAAGCACAAAAUCUGCUGGGUGACCUUGAUGAGGAUGACAAGGUCAAGCUGGACAGUGCACUUGAAGGUCUGCAGGAAGGAAAUGAUAACCUUCAGGACCAGCUGACCACAUGUCUGGUCAGACUGGAGAGUGCCCUACAGGACAGGGAGACCUUCCAGGCUGACCUGGACAGCUGUAGUCAGUGGUUGAAACAAGCAGACAUUGCGACCUUCCCAGAGGUCAAACUUGAUGCCGCUUUGCAGGAAUUGGAAGCCCAGCUAGAUAAACACCAGCAUAUCAGCAAGGAGGCCGGCAUGUAUGAUGAGAUGCUGAACCGUCUACAACAGCAAGGUGGCGCUCUGCAGGCUCAGCUCAACCCCCAAGAUGCAACCAUCCUCAGGGAGAAGCUGGUGGCUGUGGAGCAGCAGUUUAAGCGAGUCUCAUCCAAAGCUGCUGAGAAGGUGUCCAAGCUCGAGGGUGCACUGGAGGCACGGAGGGACCAUGAGUCCCAACUGGAACAGUGCUCACAGGACCUCAAGUCUCUCCAGGCUCAACUGGACAAGAUUAACACACCUGUUCCUCUCUCCUCCACUGAUGCAGCAAGCCUGCUGAACAAGCACAGGGUUAUUGAGCAAAGUGUAUGUGCUUCACAGAAAGUUCUUGAUUACAAGACUAAGGAGCUGCAAGAGAAACUUGCCUCACUUCAGCCUGGUGUUGAAGAUAUCACCAAAGCAAAGGAAGCUCUGCAGACCAGUGGCCAUGCUGUCUCUUCAGAAGAGGUGGCCAGGCUGAACAAGGAAGUUCAGAAGCUUGGCCAGAAACUCCAGCAGAGAUGUACACGGCUAGAAGAGGCAGUGGCAGCCAGAAAGCUGUACGAGGGGGGGAUUGGGGAGGUGGAGGAGUCUCUACAGCACUGUCAAGAAGCCAUUUCCAAUUUGGACCAGCCUGGUACCAGCCUUGGGAAGAGGGUCGAGGUGGGCCAGAAUCUGUCUGCAACUGUCCAGAGGAGCCUGGCUGCCCUGAGUCCCCUCAGCACACGUGGGGAGGAGAUAGGUGCCGAGGGUACAGACACAGACAGGGACACCGUCACAACACAGCUGGCUGUACUCAAGAGGGAACUCCAGAAACUACAAUUGGCUGUUCAAGAGAAACAACAGGAGUGUGAGCAGAGACUAGUUGAGCAGCAGGACUUCCAAGGAGAGAUAGACAAGAGCCUAGACUGGCUGUGGAAGACAAGAGUUGAAGUCACCAGGCCAGAACCCCUCUUGUUGGACAUGCAGUAUGUCCAGGAGCAGCUCAAGAUUUGUCAACUCUCCCAGGAAGAAGUGUCCUCACAGAUGAGAAUGAUCUAUGCACUAAGUGAUAAAGAAAAAUCCAAACUGGAGGCCCUCGAUGAGCAGAUGCCAGCCAUCAUGGCAGACAAGCUGGCUCAGGUCAGGCAGCUGGAGACAGAGCUGAACACAGAACUGGCUGAAAAACAGGUUAAACUGGAGUCUGAGGUGGAGUUACGGCAGAAGUACCAUGAAGCCACCCAGAGCCUGACAGCCUGGUUAGAAGCUGCAGAGUACAGGCUUCACACUGGGGAGGAUGGAGUGGACUUUACACAGGCACAGGAGGAGCUGCAACAACACAAGGAUUUCUUUGCUGACACCACCGCCCACCAAGACCAGCUGACUGAGAUGCAGGACCUGGCCAAACAGAUGAUGCCCAUGUUACAGGAGGACUCCAUGCAGGAGGUGCUCCGGUCCCUGCAGGCCAUGCAGAGCAGACUCACUGCUGCAGAGGAAGGGGCCAAGAAUAGGGACAGGAUCUUAAGUAGGGCAUCGGAAAAGUGGCAGGAGUUCCAGCAAACGUUGGAAGAGGUGUCUGAGCUGGAGGAGCAGACAGAGGAGAAGUGCCAUGCUGUGGACACCAGUAUGCCCACCAGUCUACAGGCUGCACAGGACAGGCUACAGGAACACCAGGCUGCAGUAUCCACCUUCCCAAGCUGUGCUGUGCAGUUAUCAGCCCUGCAGGACAAGGCCAGGCAGCUAGAGGGCGAGGCAGACUACAGAACCAAGACUGCCAUCAGCAGGGCACUCGGUCAGCUCAAUGAAAGGUGGGCAUCCCUCCAGCGUGCAGCUACAGAGCAGCAGGUGAUUCUGGAUGAGAACCGUGCUCAGUGGCAGGUUCACCAGGAACAGGUGGAUGCCAUCAGCUCCAGCCUGCAGCAGCUGCAGGACGGCCUUCCUCAGGACCAGGUGGAGACAGCAGGCAUGGAGCUACUUAAAGCCAGGGCACAGGACACUAAGUCCCUAUGUGAAGAUCUUGAAACAGUGGACUCAUCCCUCAUGGAGGCAGGCCAAGCUGCACAGGCCAUUAUCAGUAAACUUGACCCUGAGAGCGAUGCAGCUCAGGCUGUCAGUCAGGAGGUUCGGCAGCUGCAGCACAGACUUAGCAGCCUAACCCAGCAGACCCUGCAGUACCAGCAAGCUGUACAGGAGGAGCUGUCAGACAGAGAACAGCUCCAGGGAGAGUUGGGAGAGACCAUCUCCUGGAUACAGGGUGCCAGGUUAGAGCUGGCAGAAGUGGAGGGGCUUGGACCUUCAGCUGGAGAAGUACAGGGCAAGCUGGACAGACAAGCGGAACUGAAGAGCCAGCUGACAUCCCGACUACAGGAGGUGAAACAGCUGAUUGGCCAGAAGAAGGAGAAGUACAAGGAGGGUGACCUGCCACCGGAGAUGUCCCAGCAGAUACAGGAGCUGACACUGGCUGAGGAGGAGGUUGAGGAAGAGCUCGCCCGGAGCAGUGAACAUCUGGAGAUGGCCAAGGCUGUCCGUGAGGAGUUCCAGCAGGACAUGAAGGAAGUCAAGUCUUCUCUGGUGGAGCUGGAGAAGCAAGUCAGCCAGCCUAUCAUGGACAUCAACAAGGACAAGGAGGGUCACCAGGAAAUGUGCACUGCACUGGAACAGCUACGCGAGAGACUUGACUCACUAAAUGAGAGAGCCAAACAUCUGUCAGAUGACACCAACGAUCCUCAGGAGAAAGAAAGACUGUCAAGCAUCAUUGGCCCCCUGAAUGAACAUUUCUCAAGUUUGGAGGCUAAGUCCAAGUCAAAGAAAGGGAACCUGGACGAGGCAGCUGACCUGCUGGCAGAGUUUGAGGAAGCUGAGAAGCAGGUCAGUGAAUGGCUGGAGAAAGGGGAGGAGCUGGUCAGACCUGGCAUCACCUUGGACAGCUAUGACAAGGUGUGCCAGCAACAGCAAGAGCACAAGGAUAUCCUUGAUCAGGGAGAGGAAAGCCAGCCCCAUGUACAGAUAAUGCGAGAGAAGAUGCACCAGCUGAGCCAGCUGUGUAACGUGUCUCCCCUCCUGCCGCGGCUGUCAGAUGUCAGCGACAGGACCAGUCAGGUCAAGGUCGCAGCUAACCAGAACCUCAAGCAGCUGACAGAAGCCACAGAUGAAGUCCAAGACUUUGAAGCAGCAGUUGAGCAGCUCCAGGCUAAGAUGGAGGAGUCCCAGGCUAAGUUGGCCUCUCCAGAGUUUCAGCAGCUUCCUCUCAAGGAGAGAUUAGCAGCACAGGAGGCACUCCUAAAGGACAUUGAGGCCCACCGUGCUGAGAUGUCAGUCCUGCUGGAGAGGAGGCAGAGACUGAAGGUGCAGGCUGCAGACAUGCCGGCGUGUCAGAAUGCACAGACCCUACAGGGGGAGGUGGCAAUCCUGCACUAUGCCGCUGUCAGACAGAACCAAGCCAUCAAGGAGGCUGUGAGCCAGGAGCUGCAUCAUGAGGCACAGGUACAGCAGCUGACGGGUGCCAUAGAGGAGGCCCAGAAGCAGAUGGAAGAAAUGGCCCCUGCAGGGGCAACUGUAGAAGACCUGAAGAAGCACAUUGCACAGAACCAGGCUCUAGUUGCCCAGGUAAGGAGCUACCAGAACCAGCUGGCCAGUUUGAUUGAACGUCGACAGCAACUGGCCAUACAAGGACCCCUGCAGGACAAGGACAUGUCCAUUGAUGUGCUGAUAAACAGGGUCAGGUCGGGGUCAAUAGCCAGCGAAGACAGGAGCUCAACUCAGACUCUCCACUGCCAAGCUGCCUUUCCUCUCUCCUUGUCCUUUGAGCCUGAGGAGAGAGGAAAGGACAGUGGGAUGAGCAGUGGUGCGAGUGUGACGUCCUCCCCCAUGCCACAGGUCAGGCAGCCGCACACCUGGGACCAGGCCAGGCAUGACAUGCUGCUGGGCAGGAGGCUACAGGCAUACGGUCUGCCGGGUGAACUUGCCCCUGGCUCCCUGCCCAGCACUGCCGCGUCAGUCACGUCUUCACAGAGCGACCUGACAGUGCAAGAGUUGGACCAAUCAGGUGCCGAGUACAUGAUGUCCCUUCCAGUUGAGUUCGGGUCAGAAACUGCCCUCAGUACUGGGGAUCCUGAGCUGGAUCAGCUCAACAAAUCCUGGAGCAGUCUACAUGAACAGGUUUCCUCCCGAGAGCAGCAGCUUCUACAGGCCCUUCAGCACCAGGAGGAGUACCAACAGGCCGUGUCAGAGGUCACCACCGCUGUGGACACCACGCAGACACAGCUGGACGCUGUACUGGUGGACGGGGAGGACUUAGAGAACCAGCUGAUAGAUGUUCAGUUUGUCCUGGCUGAGUUGUCCCAGCUGAGGGAAGGAGUGAAGAAGGUUGAGGAGAGGGGUCAGCAGGCAGCCCAGUCCACACAGUCAACAGAGAUGGAGGGGAAUGUCCAGGUCACGACCUCUGACCUUAACCUCAGACUAGCUUCUCUGAAAGACCAAGCCACUGCCAAGCAAAAGGAAAUAGAGGAGAGACUUGAGCAGCAGCGAGCCCACCAGGAGGCCCUGUCAGCCUACCAGGCUGAGAUGCAGGCGCUCCACACCUGGGUCACUGGUGCACGGGUUCAGUCUUCCAUUGACUUCAUCACUGCUAGUGACAGGGAAGCUCUCGAUGAGCAGCUGGAAGAAAACAAGCGCCUGCAAUCAGAUCUGGAGGACCGUCUUAUUCGGCUUCCUGAGCUCCAGGACCGCUGCAGUGAUCUAGUAGAGAAGGAGCCGCCUGCACAGGCGGAGCUGAUGUUCUCACAGCUCAACAACCUACAGAGAGACAUGGCUGAUCUACAGGAGGCCCUCACCAAAAGGGAAGACAACAUCAGUGAGGCUGCUGAGGCCUGUGAGCAGAGGGAGAAAGAACUGGAGGAAUACCAGUCGCGCGUUAAGAAGAUGCAGAGUUGGAUAGCCAACAGCAAGGGUGCCGCAGCAGGGGAGGAGGGAGUCAGCAUCUCUGUUACCGCAGCAACCCCAGACUCCCCAUCAGAAAUCUCCCCAGAACAAAUGUUUGCUGUGGCCCAGACCUCUGCUGACCAGGACAUGACAGACACACCUAUGGAGAUUAGCAGUGACCAUGACAAGCCUGUUGAUGAAGCAGGUGUCGCAGGUGCAGAAGGAGGUGCGAGGCCAACAUCUCCAGGGUCUAAAAGAGCUCCACCCGCACUUCCAUCAAUCCCAGAGCACCAUUCUGCCUUGAUGAGACAGAAGGGCGCACUGGAUGAGGGCAGCCCCACUUAUGAGGAAAAACAGAAAGCACUAGAUGAGGAGCUGGCCCAGCACAAACACCUGCUGAAGUCCAUUGCAAAGAAAGGGGAGAGAAUCCUCCGACAGCGGUCCUCCACAGAGAGCGACAUGGGAUCCAGCAAUGGCAGUGAGACCGACAUGGCGGAUCUAAGGCAGCGGUGGGAGGAGCUGUCUCAGGAGAUCGGGGAGAGGAAACAGCAGCUGCAGCUGGCUCUCCAGCAGAACAGACCACCACCUCAGCUGCAGAGAAAGCUGUCCAUGAGCCAGUUCCGCCCACCCUCCUUUGACAGUCCUGGACAGGGGGAAUCCAACAUGGGGGAGCUGAAGAACACCCUGGAUGACCUGCACAAGUGUUGGGAGAACAUGCAGUCAGAGAUGACAGAUAGUCAGUCUCGUCUGGAGGAAGCUAUUGACUUCCAGCAGAAGUACCAGGAUGCCCUCGAAGACGUGUCAGGCUGGCUGGACAACAUUGAACUCAAGCUCUUCACCUCAGACUGGUCCAAGGACUCAGAGGCUCAACUGGCACAGAACGAGUCCCUGCGGAAGGAGAUCGGUGCGUUCCAGGACCAGGUGUAUGUGAUGAACCGAGCCUGUCAGCAGCUGAUGGUGGAGGCGGACAGCAGGAACAGGCAGGUGGUACAGCAGACGCUGUCUGACCUGAAGGACAGGCUCCACACACUGGAGGGACAGGCUCUGCAGAAGGAACAAGAACUCAUUGAGAAGAACUCACAAUGGAAGGACUUUCAGAUGGAGAUCAACUCUCUCUACACAUGGAUAACAGAGACCAAGUCAGACAUUCUAAAUGAUGAUGAUGACUCUGAAUACACCAUCCAGGACAAGUUGGCCCACCUUCAGGACAUUGAGGAUGACAUCAGUGACCAUGAGGACCAGGUGUCCUCCAUCCUGGAGCGCGGCAGGGAGAUGGGUGAUGAUGAUCCACGUGCUCCUGUCACCAUGGAAACAACCAUGCUGCAGAGCAACUGGGAUGAACUUCUGAGAAUCGUCAACAGGAGAAAGAAUGACCUUGGUAAGGCAGCCACCGCACUGCAGCAGUAUGAGAAGCUCCUACAAGACUACUCGGACUUUAUUGAGACAGCUGAGGAGAAACUAAACACCGGGAUGCUGACAGUGACGGGGCUGGACGAGCUGAAACAUCACCUGGAGAAGCACAGUGAGUUCUUCCUGGGGCUGGAUGCACAGAAGGUCCUGGUGGACUCACUGCUGCAGAAGCUGGACCCAUCAACAAGGGAGCAGUACAUAGAACAGCACACUGGCCUGAACCACAGGGCAGCCAACGCGCUGGACAGGGCUCAAAGACUGUCUCAGGACCUGGAUACAGUAGCGCAGACCUGGGACAGGUUUGAGGAGGAGUUUGAGCUGCAGAGUGAGUGGCUACAGGAGACAGAGGCACAGAUCCCUGUGGAGGACAUGUCAGAAGAUGUGGUGCAGAAGCUGCAGGAUAGAGUCACUCUGUAUCAGAUCAUUGUGACCGCCCUGAAGGACCAUCAGCCUGUAGUGCAGCGGAUGUUGGACAUGGGCAACUCUGUGCUCCAGUCUGUGUACUGCCCUUCCCUGGAGGCCAAACUGUCUCAGUUUGAGGACAGGUGGACAGCAGCAAAGACAAAGACUUCACAGGAGCUGUCCAAACUUGAGCAGCUGUACAACCAGUGGAGGACAUUUGACAAGGAUUCCUCCAAGCUGAUUGACUGGUUGGGAGGGGCAGUGGACAAACUCAACAAGUUUGCUGAGCAGGAACCUCGUGGCAUUGACAGAGCCAUGGAUGAUUUCACUGAAUUUAGAAAGGAGGUGGACCUCCACCAGCCUCUGAAGGAGUCAUCCACAGCCCUGGGUCACCAGCUGAUCCUACUGAAGAGCCAGCAGGCAGAGACUGUGCAGGACAGGCUGAAGAUUAUUGAGACCAACUGGACACAGCUGAUGGGGAAGAUCCCAGCUAUUGAGAAGCAGCUCCACAGGACUCAGAUGGAGAUGUUACCAUCCAGACAGGCCCUUGCUGAGGUCCUGUUGUGGAUGGACCGACUGGAGGCAGCACUGCAGGACACUCAUGAGGAGGACAUGGCAACAGUGGCCGAGCUGCAGGCAGUGCUGCAAAAAUACAAGGGCUACAAGAUUGACAUGUCAGCCAAGCAGCUGACAGUUGACUUCAUCAACCAGUCGGUGAUGCAGAGUUCCCAAGGUCCUGAGGACGAGGACUUCCUGGUCAAACACGAGGCCAUGAACAACAGAUGGGAGGAACUGAACAACCUGCUCCAGGCCAGGGUGGACAGGACAGAGGCCUUACUGAGCCAUGCUAUGGAGUUUGAGGGCCGUCUGAGUGAGUUGAAGUCCUGGCUUCAGGAACAGGAAGCCCAGCUCAAACGUCACCAGAAGAGAAGCUCUGAGGUAGAGGUGCAACAUGCACUGGCAUUCUGUCAGGAUCUUGACAGUGAGCUGAAGAAAAAGGACACAGAAAUAACAGAGCUGCAGAAGACAGUACAUCAGCAGGUCCAGGGGAAGAACAACCCUGCAGCAGCAGCUGUCCAGCACGAUGUGGAGACAGUCAGACAAGGUUGGACCAACCUACACCAACAGGUGUCAGAGUUGCAGCUGUCCCUGUCCGCCCUGGCCGACCAGUGGAAACAGUACUACCAUGUGCAGCAGACAAUCACCCAGCAUCUGGGCAGUACAGAGUACACACUAGGGCGCUUCAAACCUGGCUUUGGAGAUCUAGAGACUCUCAAGAAGAAGGCUGAGGAACUCAAGGCUGACACAAAGGAGCUUCAGGAGGAGUUCAUGGCCAAAGAGGACAACCUGGUUGUCCAUGGGGAGCUGGCUGCCCAGCUGAUGCAGGAGUCUGACCCUGGAGUCAAGGACAGGCUGCAACGAGAGGUGGACCAGCUCAAAGCAAGAGAUACGGAGUGUCUGAAGGCCAUGGAGAACCGCCUGAUUGAGUAUGACCAGAUUGUGGAGCUGUGGCAGCAGUACCAAGACCAGUACAGCAGUGCCAAGGACUGGGUCAUCAUCAGGGAGAGAACCUUCCAAGACCUGCUCAAGACAGAACAGAAGGAGAACAGGUCUCUCAGGGAGGAGUAUGAGGAGCUAUUGUCUGAGCUGGAACAGUACAGCUCGGAGCUGGUGGGUCUGGGCAGCCUGUGUGAACAGCUGUGUGCCCAUGUGGAGAACCCAGCCUCUGCACAUCUCCACUCCCAGUGUAAGGCACUGGUGCAGAGACUGGACUCCCUCAAGCAACAGGUCAUCAAGAAGCUGGAGGUCGCAAAGACUAAAGCUGCAGACUCCCAGCGGUUUGAAGGGGAGGUGGGGAGCCUGCAGAAGCUGCUGCAGGAGGCAGAAGAAGUGCUGCAGUCAGACGACCCCAACAAGUCAGCCGAUGAGACAACUGUCAGAGACAGGAUGGACCAGAUCAAGACCCAGAUGCUGAAAUUCAACAACUACUCAGGGCAGCUGGAGGAUCUGAACAGUCUUGGCUACAGGCUGGCCCUGGGGGAGGACGAGGCUAAAAGCCUGCGAGAUCUGAACCAGCGCUGGUACAACAUGUCAACUCUCAUGUCAGACAAGUACAGGACCAUGCAGGGCAUCAUGCUAGAUAAGCAGAACUUUGCCCAGAAGUGUGAGACAUGGAUGCUGUUCCUGGCCCAGACAGAGAAGGACCUGGCUGUGGACAUAGCUGGCAACUAUGAAGGCCUGUUAGAGCAGCAGAAGGCUUAUGAGAUUUUCCAAGCCGAUCUGUUCAGCCGUCAGCAGAUUCUGCACUCCAUCGUGUCGGACGGCCAGCGCAUCAUGCCGGAGGAGGUCCUGGAGGACCCUGAGGAGGACCUGCAGCAGCGCCUCACCCUGCUGAGGGACCAAUGGCAGAACGUCCUCAGGAGUUCUGACGAGAGGAAACAGGUCAUCGACUAUCGCAUCCAGCAGUGGCAGCUCUACAAGUCCUUGAGGACCAAGGUCCUGCCCUGGAUGGUGGAGAUGAAACAUGAGAUAGCACAGUAUGAGUUCUCUUCACUCUCCCUGGAGAGAGUCAGGGCCAUGUUGGAAGAUGUGGAGGCAUCCCUGAAGAAGGUUACAGCUCAGGAGCCAACCUACCUCUCCCUGGUGCAGACAGCUGAAGAACUGAUGCAGGUCUCAGACAAACAGGUAGAGGGAGCUCUUGAAAGGGAGCUGACUGAUAUCCAGAAGGAGUGGAAUGACAUCAGUGAUUCACUGGACCACAAAAGACACCAACUGGAGUCAUUACUUCAGUCCUGGAGCGACUGUGAGGAUGACAUUGAGGGGUGCCUAGCCUGGCUGAGAGACAUCAAACGUCUCCUGACUCAAGAUGUGCCAUCCAAUCACGAUGAGCUGCAGAGAGAGAUGCAUAUCUGCAAGAGUCAAGAAGCUGAAAGAAACUUUGACAGCUGUCCAACAGUUAGAAAACAACAUGAACAGCCUUCGGAGCUGGUUAUCAGAGAUCGAGCAGGUGUUGUCCCAUCCUGUGGUGUAUGAGAGCUGUGACGCCACAGAGAUACAGAGGAAACUUCAGGAACAACAGGAGCUUCAGAAGGACAUAGAGAAACAUAGCACAGGUGUUGCCUCUGUGUUAAACCUGUGUGAGGUGCUACUGCAUGACUGUGAUGCCUGUGCCACUGAUGCUGAGUGUGAGUCCAUCCAGCUAGCCACACGCACACUGGACAGGCGGUGGAGAAACAUCUGUGCUCUGUCCAUGGAGAGAAGACUCAGAAUUGAGGAGACCUGGAGGCUAUGGCAGAAGUUCCAGGAAGACUACCAGAGGUUUGAACACUGGCUGCAGGAGAGCGAGAGGACUGCAGCCUACCCCAACUCUGGACAUGUCACCUGUACAGUCAUGAAAGAGGAGGUCAAGAAAUACGAAGCAUUCCAAAGAAAAAUCCAUGAGGGCCUGACUCAACUGGAACUUCUGAACAAGCAGUACCGGCGGUUAGCCAGGGAGAGUAGAACAGACACAUCCAACAAGCUGAAGGGCAUGGUACAUGAUGCCAACCAUAGAUGGGACUCUCUGUCCAAGAGAGUCAACUGUAUCCUCAGAAGGUUGAAGCAUGCCCUUGGUCUGCGGGAGGAGUUUGAGACCACUCGGGAAAGCCUGCUGGUGUGGCUAACAGAGAUGGACCUUCAGCUCACCAACAUGGAGCACUUCUCAGACUGUGACGUGGCUGCCAAAAUCAAACAGAUGAAGGCAUUCCAGCAGGAGAUUGACCUCCUGUCCAGUAAGCUGGAGUACCUGGACACGCUGGGUCUGCACCUGAUGCAGAAGUGUGAGGGGGAGGACGCUGUGGUCAUUCAGGAUGAACUGGACGACUUCCACAGGUUCUGUGGGGAGGUCUUCAACAGGGUGUACAAGUACCACACCAGGCUCACCAAACUCAAGGCCGAGCAUCCAGACAUUGAGAUGGAAGAAAUUGAGGCCUCUGGUGGGCUGGAAACCUACAAAUUAGACAGUGGGAUCCCCUCAGAAAGACUAACACCUCACUCAGGGCCGGGGACACCCCGAGCUAACAGGUCCUCUGGCCGGGGCACCCCUGCCAGUGUGGAGUCCCUGGACUGGGACAUGUAUGGCCUGGAGAAGCUGCCCAGUGGCUCUGCUGACAACUCCCUCCCAGCCAGUCAGGAUGCUGUAGAGAAUGGCUUACAUGAGUCUGUUAGAGAAGGUGAAGCCAGACAUAAACACAUGGAGCAGCAGUUGCUGAACCUGGCCCGGUUAUUGGAGAGUGCUCACGAUAAACUUGGCAACACUGAGGCCAUGAUGAACUGUGCCAUCCCUAUGGGACCAGAUGUCCAGGACACAUACCAUGACUAUGUUAAGCUUCUGUCCGCCUGCCAGUCCUGUAUAGAGAACAUCAGACACAUCCGAGACUACCUAACAGAAAACCCUCACCUGUCUCGUGGAGCCACCAGUGACCAGCAGCUAGCAGGUGUUCUGGACAGGUGGGACUCCAUGAAACAGGCUGCCAUGCAGAAGCAGACAAAACUCAAACAGGCCUGUCAGCAGUGGAACCAGUUUCAGUCGGACCUGAACAACAUCAUGUUGUGGUUGAACGAAGCUGAGGCGCUGCUCAGGGAACAGGAACAAGUGGCUGGAGACAUCCACUCCCUGGAGAUACAGAUCAAGACACACAGGGAGUUCCUGGCCGCAUUGGAUCUCAGGAAAGCCAUUGUCAUGUCUAUCAACCUGUGCAGCCCUCAGUUCGUUCAGGGAGACUCUGAGCAUGCUCAGAAACUCCGGGACAGACUGACACUGAUGAACCACCGCUGGGAGGCUGUGUGCAAUCAUGCCGUGGAGUGGCAGAGGGCGCUACAAGUAGCACUGGUGCAAUGUGCAGAAGUCCAGAACACAGUAGCAGACCUGUUUGCCUGGCUGGAUGAUGUGGAGAGAAGGAAGAACAGGAUAGAUCCAAUUGAGCUGGAUGCAUCACAGGCAACACUCAGGAAACAGUAUAGGGCACUUCUGAGACUAAAACAGGAGCUCCAGGAUAACCAGCCCCGUGUGGCCGGCCUGAAGAGCACAGCAGACCAGCUCCUGGAGACUGCAGACAGCCAGGGCAGCCUGGAGAUCAAGUCUAACCUGCACAUCAUCGACAACAGACUCCGUCUGCUGCUGGAGGUCAUCUCUGCAGACCUGAAGCAGAUAGAGGGGCUCGUAGAUGUUUCUGCAGUCAGUUUGACUCCAGAGAAAACUGUCACAUUCAAGCUGGACCAAUCAGCAGGCUCCUCCCCUGCGUCCUCCCCAGAUGUGGAUGAAGAUGAGGACAGACACGGCUUCUACGGUGCAGCAGCUGCUGUGGGGAUCCUGGCGGAGAUGGACAACACUUACAACGAGGAUGAGGAUGAUGACAGACACGGGUUCUACGGAGCAGCAGCGGCUGCAGGGAUGAUUGCUGAGACAGACAGCGGUCUGUUUGGGGUGGUGACUGGGGAGGGGCAGGUGGAGCUGGAGGGUGCUGAUGCUGGGAUGCUGGCCAGGCCUGGCAGGACAAGCACACCCAUCUCCUCUGACAAGGACUCUUCCUCUGAGGUGGUGGAAGAUGUCUUAGACUCAGACAGUUCUGGUGAAGAAGAUGCUGCCUACAUGUGUGUUGAUGAUGAUGAGGAUGUUGAGCAGCGCCCAGGCUUCCUGAGGAGGGUGUUCCGUAAGGCCGUUCCCCUACAGAUCCUGAUGCUGCUGCUUGUGGGGACAGCCUGUCUGGUGCCGCUGUGUGAGGAGGACUAUAACUGUGUGGUGGCACGCUGGGGGAUGAGCCUACAUCCCGUGCUCAGAUACGUCAAUGGCCCUCCACCAAUGUAAUGCUGACAUCUUUCCUGUCAAAAUGUUGCAGGGACAAUUCUGCAGUUGGAACAUUUUGAUUUCCACCCAAUGUGGGAACAAUCAAAGGCAGCUUUUUUGGGUCCAUUACUGAAAAGAUCAAGUGUAUUAAGGUACCACCAGUUGUGUAUUGUAAUGUUAAUACCUCUACAUGGUCACAAGCAGUUAACAAGCCACCUGCUCAGAAAAGGCACCGCAAAGAUAUGAAAAAGGAAAUCUGUUGUACAAGAGUUUUAGGCAAAUGUAUAGUUUUAUGCAAAUCAUGCCAGUGUUUUAAGAUCCAUCCACACAUUUUACCACUAUUAACUGUGAGUUAUUUAUUGCAGCUUCAUUUGGGGCAGUUUGUGCUAUGUAGGUGUUUUAGUCUUUGGUCUUUACCAUGUAAUGUUCUUAUUGUACUACAAGAUGCAAUGUAACCUUAUCUAUUUGGAAGUGCUUGUUAGUGAUAAGAGACCAAAGUCUAUCAGUGUAUUGUAUUUGAAUGUAUGUUGCUUUUAUUGGCUUGUUUUAAUUUUCAAGUUUUGCAAUUUGUCACAUUAUUUAUUUUGACUGUUUUUGCUUUUUUACCUCAUGUAGCCAUUUUUAGUAUCUUGUACUAUAAGGUUGUAAAGAGAUGGUUUAUGUACAGGAUUGUAUGGAAGUUUAACAGAGAAAUAAAUAUGAAGGAAAUUAAUGCCAAGUUAUAGAGAUGCUACAGAUGCAAUAGAGUAGCUCUGUGCCAGAAGGUACACGUGUACGAUAUAACAUUGAAUAAAGAGAUUAAGCUGA